CACCUCUGUCACUCAUCGCCGAACUGUCAAAAAAUUUUUUUCACAACAAAAACAUUGAAUCUGGCACGCUUUUCAAUAUUUUUCGCAUAAAUUGCGCUCCAACCUCCUUAAUUGACCUCAAAAAGGUUCAUUUUUGACGAAACUUGCUCCUGCCAUUCACGUUCGCGACACGAAAAAACCAAAAAAUGCGUCAAACUGCAGUACUUUUCCACAAAAAAGCCCUUCUUGGAUGGCAAUCGAAGCGAGCGCGUCUCCCACAAAAUGUCAACAGAGUCCCGUUUGCGGAGGUUUUGCCGCUGAAAUUGCGUGACAGAGUCUCGGGCAAGGGUUCGCGUGUCUCGGAUGUCGCUUGUGUGCAAGAAAUGACGACGAUGUUCGCCUGUCUCAAAGCCAAUGAGUUCAAUGAAGCUGCCUGCACGAAGGAAAUUGACGCCUUGAGCGGUUGUUACACGGCAUUUUUGGAGAAAAAGUCGAAAUCGAAGGAAGACAGUCGAAAGGGAGGCAUUCGUACCGGCAAAAAUUUGGAUCCGCGAGAAUUGAAUCGAUAUUUGAAGAAGUUCCCCGUGGAAACAAGGCCUUGAGAGACGAACAAUAGUUUAUCAAAAGUCUUUUUAGUACGAAAAUGUUGCGAAAAAUAAAUUUAUUAUUAGAA